AUCAGGUUGUUGGUCAUGGAGUUUCAGAAACUCCCGGCGGCUCUCAGCGCGUCCUCGUGAUUCCAGGUGGGCGGGGCCAGUGUGGUUGGGAUGGAGGAGUCCCGAGUCCUCAUGGAGGACAUCCUGUCUCUGUACCAGCAGAGGAUCAACAUGGAGGAAAGCAACAUGAGGACUGAGCUGGAGAUGAUGAAGGUGGUGCAGAACCUGGAGGAGGUGAGGAAUAAGUGGCUGCAGACCAAGCUGGAGCUGAAGAAGUUCAAGGAGCUGCUGGUAAAGUCGGACGUGGCCAAAGCUGCUCUGGAGGUCAAACUGAAGCACACUCGCAACCAGCUGGACGUGGAAAUGAAGAGACGACUCAAGGUGGAGGCCGACUACCACUACCUGCAGAGGCAGAUGCAUCUGAUGUGCGACAUCCUGGUCCACGACAGUAAAUCCAGCGCCUGCCUGAACGAUGAGCAGAAAUCUAUUUUAGCCAUAUUUGAUCACAAAGGAACAAACGUGACGCUGCAGAGAAGCAGCAAAAGGCUGACUGUCAUUGACGAAUCGUCCUUUCUGUCUCACUCGGACAUCAGCUACGACCGCACAGAUGAUGAAGUGGAUUUGGACACGGCUAUGAUCAAGCCGUUGAGGUCUCGAGCCAGAGAGAGGAGGCGGUCUUCAAUGGACCCAGCUGCCGGGAGUCUGCUUGGGAAGCGAAGCAGAGGUGGGAACGUGUCUGCAGAGCUGCUGGAGAGAAAAACUGUAGAGCAGGAAGUGGAGACCGUUGUUAAGGCUGUUGUGACAACACCAGAUACCUUCAGUCAGAUCCACACAGUGCUGGGAAUAACCCAGGAGCAUCUGGACAAGCCAGCUCACAACAUCACCCAGGAAGAUGCUAUUUCAGGGGGAGGUCCAAGAGGAACACCAGCAGGAGACCAGACCUCCAUCUGGUUUCCCUGUGACAACAUGGUGGUGGAACCACAACCUAAAGCCCCACCACUGGAUGGCAAUGUUUACAGCAGCAGUAUUCAGAAAAUCCUCAAACACGUCUUUCUUUCUAAAACGGUGAUCCGGCCGGAGACGUGCGCACCGUGUGGGAAGAGGAUCCGCUUCGGGAAGGUGGUGGUGAAGUGCAGAAACUGUCGCUUAGUCGCUCAUCUGGACUGCAAACAGAGGCUGACAAACGGCUGCUCGCCCUCCAGUGCAAUGGCAUGAAGUCCAGCUCAGAAGGUACCGGCUGUUUUUUUUUCCCACCCUUGGUGAACUACCAUGCCCUCGAUGGGGAGCCGAAGCCCAGGAAGACAAAUUCAUCCAGCGAUCCUUUGCCAGUGUGGUAGGAGCUAAAUGGCGUAGCCCAUUCCCCCACUGCACUCACCUAACUUCAUCACACAACUUAGUUGCUCAUAGCAAACUGGACCUAUAGAUUCUUUUUUUCCAACCAGACACUGUAAUUCUCCAUUUAUUCAUCUCCUGGAAAAAGGGGGAAAUACUGCUGGCCUCUGGGGAGGGUUUUGGGAUCAAGUCAUGGAUUAUGUAUUUGCAUUUAUUGGUUUUGGUCUUUCCACGUGCUUUUUACAUUGUUGAAUGAACUGCCAAUAGUCAUGACCACAUACACUGUAAAUGUUUUGCACUUUGAUUACCACUAAUAAUAAUCAGGGUAUCUGCA